ACCACAAAAAAGACAUAACAAGUUACAAGUGUUUUGUCUCUUCAUCUUCAUCUUCCCCAUGUCUACCAAACGAUCCCACCUCCGAUUCCGACUCACUUCCAAUCAUCGCCUCAACUCAUACCUCUUCCUCUUCACCCUACUCUCUCUCAUCCUCUUUCUCGCUCUAAAACCCACCCACCACUCCACCCCCAAACCCCUUCCAAACACCACCAUAUCCACAACUCACAACCUCCCAUCCAUUCCCAAAUUCGCCUACUUCAUCACCGGCACUAGAGGCGACGGUGCUCGCGUGGACCGGCUGCUGCGGGCGGUGUACCACCGGAGAAAUUAUUACUUGUUGCAUCUGGAUCUGGAAGCUUCUGAUGCAGAGAGAGUUGAUCUGGUUAAGAGUGUUGGGCAGUUGGAGAAUGUGAUGGUUGUUGGGAAGGCUAAUUUGGUAACUUCCAAAGGGCCGACAAUGAUCGCGUGUUUGUUGCAUGCUGUUGCUGUUUUGUUGAAGCAAGGCAAGGAUUGGGAUUGGUUUAUUAAUUUGAGUGCUUCCGAUUAUCCGCUUAUGCCUCAAGAUGAUAUUCUCCACAUUUUCUCCUACUUGCCACGUGAUUUAAACUUUCUUGAGCACACAACCAACAUCGGCUGGAAAGAGUUUCAAAGGGCUAGACCAAUUAUCAUUGAUCCCGGUUUGUACCAUUCAAAAAAAUCUGGCGUAUUCUGGGCCAAAGAGAAACGAUCAAUGCCCGCUUCAUUCAAGCUGUUCAUGGGUUCUGCGUGGGUUGUGCUAACCCGACCCUUUUUAGAGUUUUGUGUAUGGGGAUGGGACAAUCUUCCUCGUACGCUUCUAAUGUAUUACACGAACUUCUUGUCAUCACCCGAGGGCUACUUCCACACCGUUAUAUGCAACCAUAAAGAUUACCAAAACACAACCGUCAACCACGAUAUGCACUACAUUAAAUGGGACAACCCGCCAAAGCAGUACCCUGUAAAUCUCACGAUACAACACUUCCCUGACAUGCUCGAGAGUGGGGCCCCCUUUGCCCAUUCUUUUUCUAAAGAUGAUCCGGUUCUUGACAAAAUCGACACAGAGCUUUUGGGAAGGAGAUCAGACCAAAGCAGUGUCAUUUUUGGGAAGAUAGAUGUUGUUAGACCAACUUUGAGUUCAAAGAGACUUGAGAAACUUAUAGCUGAUCUUUUAAGUACCCAAAAUUUCAGGCCUAGACAAUGCAAGUAAAUAUGGUUUAUAAAGGCAUUGUAACUGUCUUUAUUAUUGAUUCACUGCUGUAAUUGUGUUAACAUUUUUUUUUGUUUUUUGUUGAAUUUUAUAAAUUAAUGGAGUAAAUAUGAUUACGGAAA